CCUUCUUCCCGCUCUCACACACCAAAGCCAUGGUGAGUCAGACACGCUCUAACAGUAUCAAGUUUCUAUGCACCUAUGGCGGCAAGAUCCUGCCUCGCUCCUCCGAUGGCGCGCUCCGUUACGUCGGUGGACUCAACAGAGUCCUCGCCGUUGACCGCUCUGUAUCUUUUGCAGAGUUGAUGGAGAAAUUAGUUGAGUUCUGUGGAUUCUCAGUGACGUUACGGUGUCAGCUGCCUGGGGGAGAUUUGGAGACGCUAAUCUCCGUAAAAUCCGACGAGGAGCUAGCUAACAUUAUCGAUUUGUACGAUCUGUCUGCGCCAGGUUCGAAGAUCAGAGCCAUCCUCUCUCCUCCCAAAUCGAUCAAGCAAAUUUCUCCUACGCCAAGCCUCGUUUCCUCACCAAAAUCUCCGUUUACGGCCUUCGGUUCUCCACCGGCGCCGUUCUUUCCCUUUGUUCCAACAACUUCCUCCCCGCUGGUGCAAUAUCCCUUUGGAUUUUAUAUUCGAUGCAGAGAUGCUAGGAAGUCGUUCCCGGCCGCUUGUCACUGCAACCAUCGACAUUGA